AUGUUAAGGAGAAUAGUCACACCAAAGAGCUUCUCACGGUUCAAGCACACUGUCAUUGGAAUUGACCUUGGAACUACUAAUUCAGCAGUUGCAGUCAUGAAUAAUCUUACUAAGCAACCAACAAUUUUAGAAAAUGAAGAAGGAAGAAGAACAACACCUUCAAUUGUAGCAUUCACUACAGAUGAGCAAACACUAGUUGGGUUACCCGCAAAAAGACAAUCGAUCAUAAAUCCUGAGAAUACUUUUUUUGCAACAAAGAGAUUAAUUGGUAGGAAGUUUCUUGAUCAAGAAGUUCAACAAGAUUUAAACAAUGUCCCAUAUAAGAUUAUUCCAAACAAUGUUGGAGAUGCAGUAUUAGAAACAACUCUGGGUCAAGUAUAUACUCCAUCUGAUAUAGGUGGAAUAAUACUUCAAAAAAUGAAACAUGUUGCAGAAGCGCAAUUAGAACAUGAAAUUAAUCAUGCGGUUGUCACAGUUCCAGCUUAUUUCAAUGAUUCGCAACGUCAAGCAACAAAGAAUUCAGCGAAGCUGGUUGGAUUGAAUGUUUUGCGAGUUAUAAAUGAACCCACUGCCGCUGCAUUGGCUUAUGGAUGUGAUAGAACACAAAAAGAUGGAAGUGGAAUAAUUGCCGUAUUUGAUUUUGGAGGAGGAACAUUUGAUAUUUCAAUUUUAGAUAUUGAGGAAGGUGUAUUUGAAGUUAGAGCCACUAAUGGGAAUACUCAUUUAGGUGGAGAAGAUUUUGAUAUUGUAUUAGUAAAUCAUAUUUUGAAUCAUUUUAAAUCUAAAACAGGCAUUGAUAUACUGAAUGAAAGAUUAGCAGUACAAAGAAUUAGAGAAGCUGCAGAAAAAGCCAAAAUAGAAUUGAGUACCGUUAGUGAAACUGAAAUCAAUCUUCCAUUUAUUCAUGAGCAUAGCCAUAUUAAAAUGAAGUUAACAGAAGAAGAAUUAGAUGCAAUGACAUUGCCAUUGAUUGAGAAAACAAUUGAACCAGUCAAGAAGUGUAUCAGAGACGCCGAAUUAAAAAUUAAAGAUAUAGAUCAAGUAUUGUUAGUUGGAGGAAUGACCAGAAUGCCUAAAAUAAGAAAAGUCGUUGAAGAUUUAUUUGGUAAAAAGCCAAGUACCGCAGUUAAUCCCGAUGAAGCCGUAGCAUUAGGAGCAGCUAUCCAAGGAGCUGUAUUAGCCGGCCAAGUAAAGAAUGUUGUAUUAUUAGAUGUAACUCCAUUAUCUUUAGGUAUUGAGACAUAUGGAGGCAUAUUCAGUCCAUUAAUCCCAAGAAAUUCCGCCGUCCCUAUCAAAAAACAACAAAUGUUCUCAACUGCAGUAGAUGGACAGACAGGAGUGGAAAUUCGAGUAUAUCAAGGUGAAAGAACUUUAGUCAAAGAUAACAAAUUGAUUGGUAACUUUAAAUUGUCAAAUAUCCCUCAAGGUCCAAAAGGAACCCCACAAAUCGCAGUUGUAUUCGAAAUUGAUGCAGAUGGUAUUAUAAAUGUUACUGCAGCUGAUAGAACUCCAUAUCCAGAAGAUCUGGAACAUUAUGGUAAGCCAAACACAGUAUCAAUUCUGUUAACUGAAGUUGGUUUAACUGACGAAGAGGUACAGAAGAUGAUCGACGAAAGUAAUAAGAACAAAGAUUCAGAUGUUGAACUUAGGAAAUACUUCGAGCAUGCUUCAAGAGCUGAAAUUUUAUGUACUGAUACAGAAGUGGCAAUUUUGCAAUUUGGCAAAUUAAUGGAAGAAUCUGAAAAGGAAUCAAUCAGGCAGCAGAUAUCAGGGAUCAAGAAAAUGAUUAGUGAUAUUAGAGAUAAUAAAGAAUUGCACGACCCAACAAAACUUAAUGAAAAAGUGAAUAAAAUGCAACAAGAAUGCAUGGAGGCAAUCAAGAAAGUCGCUGCUAAACAACAACAAAUGAGUAACGAAAAAGAGUAA